AAUUAUAUAAUUAAAUAUUUGAAUAAAUUUUUUAUUAAAAUUUUAAAUAUAGUGUACAAAGAAGUUUUUAAAAAUUAUGAAAAUGUUUAAGUCCGCAUCGCGGUCAAAACACCUAGUCAUAUAUUAUAUAUAUAUGUGUAUAUCGUGAGAAGAAAUUAAGAAAACAGAAAACCUAAAAGAUGGACCCAAAAGAGAAGAGACAAAAGCUUAGCACACCAGAACUCGAAAGCCAAUCUCUCUCAAAGAAGGAUGUGGCAAUCACAAGUGCCUCUUUAAACUCAGAGGUUGAUGUGGGAGAAGCGAUGAAGAAGCAAAACGACGUCGCUAUGUUCCUUGCAGAGAAAGUAAUCUCUGCCCUAGCCAGAAACUCUAACUUCGUCUUCUCUCCUGCAUCAAUCAGCGCCGUUCUAACCAUGGUCGCCGUUACCUCCGAAACAGAAACACUCAGAUCAUUCAUCUUCUCCAUCCUUAGCUCAUCCUCUAUCGAUGAGCUCAACGCUGUUUUCCAUGAAGUAGCAAACACCGUCCUCGUCGAUGGAAGUGAGAACGGUGGCCCUAAGAUCUCGGCCGUUAAUGGAGUGUGGAUGGAGCAGUCCCUAUCUGUUAGCCCCUCCAAGAAAGAUGUCUUUCAGAAUUUAUUCAAAGCUGCUUUUGCUCAAGUUGAUUUUAGAUUCAAGAGUGAACAAGUGCGUAUGGAGGUGAAUGAGUGGGCUUCACGUCACACCAAUGCUCUCAUCCAAAACAUGCUUCCUCCUACUUCUGUUAGAAGUGACAUCGACUGGAUUUAUGGAAACGCAAUCUACUUCAAAGGAGCCUGGAAAAACAAAUUCCCCAAGUCUGAGACAAGUGAGGAAGAGUUUUACCAUGUCGACGGCACAUCAGUCUCUGUGCCGUUCAUGACCACAACCUUUAGGAUGCAAUACGUAAGGGAAUACGAUGAUUUCAAGGUUCUUAAACUCUCGUUUCAACGAGGCCGUGAUACCAACCGCCUAUUCUCAAUGUAUUUCUAUCUCCCGGACGAGAAGGAUGGACUAGAGAAUCUGGUGAAGAGAAUGGCAUCUACCCCUGGAUUCUUGGAUAGUCACAUUCCCAGUGAAAAAGUUCGUGUUGGUGAAUUCAGAAUCCCAAAGUUUAAGAUCGAAUUCGGUUUUGAGGCUUCCAAGGCUUUCAAUGAAUUGGAGCUGGAAUCGGUUGAACUGCACCAUAAAGCUUUGGUCGAGAUCGAUGAAGAUGGUGCAGAAGCUGCGGCUGUUACUAUUAAAGGAGGCCGCAGAGGUAGAAGAGGCUUCAGCACUGUGAGGUUGAUAGAUUUUGUGGCUGAUCAUCCGUUUCUUUUUUUAAUAAAAGAAGACAUAACUAGAACCGUUAUGUUCGUUGGUCAAAUCUUUGAUCCUACCAAAACUUCUUCCGCUUAAGACAGGAUUGCAGUUUGCUUUUGUUUUAGAUUUUGUUUUAAUGAAAUUGCAACUUGGAGCCCAUAUUGAUUUUCGGGUGUUGAUUUAGAUUUUUUUUUUGAACUUUUUUAUUUAGAUGUUGCAUUACAAAGAAUAUUGAAAAGGUGCAUGUGUUUAUUUUUUCAUUUUAAUUAAUUUUUGUUUAAAGAUCUUAAUCACGUGGAGAUUUGUUGAGAGUAAAUUGGUUGGCAAGGAAAUAUACAAACUUGUUGAGAUUUUCUUAACUGGUCUACAGUUAAAUAACCUUUUGAAUUCAAUUUUUCUUUGAUGAUUCAUGGUAACAAAUUAAAUAACAAUUUGAGUUAGAAAAUAAUAAUUAGAACAAUCGCACAUAAGUUAAUAAAUUAACAUAGGCAAUAAUUUACCUACAACAGCAUAACCAAUUUUAUAUGUCGAUAAGAAUAAACACACAUAAGCAUAAUAGUCACUUUAACUUUCCCAUUAAAUUAGGUACAACAUCGUAACAUCUAUAUGUACAAAUGCCUAACUAACGUAGCAUGACAAUUAUGUUUUUUUUUAAAUCAACAGCAGUUUAAUGUGAAGAUCAGGAUAUCUAGUUAUUUAUUCAACAUGUGACAUCCAAAAAAAAAAGAAGAAGAAGACGCAAAAUGUAA